AUGGCCACUGGCAUGAUCCUGGGCCGCGCCUGGCGAGCCGGUCUUCGCGGGCGUAAUGUAGCUUGCGCGCGAGCCUUGCACGUCUCGGCGUCGCACCGUGCCGCCCAGCCGGGCACCACCGCCUUGGAAAAUGCCCUCCAGCGGACGCGGAACAUUGGCAUCAUAGCCCACAUUGACGCGGGCAAAACAACCACGACGGAGCGCAUGCUCUACUACAGCGGCUUUACCCGGAGAUUGGGAGAUGUCGACGAGGGUUCCACCGUCACCGACUUCCUGCCAGCGGAACGGGCACGCGGCAUCACGAUCCAGUCCGCAGCCAUCUCAUUCCACUGGCCGCCGUUGGGCGCCACAUCGGCGGCCGGGGCUGCCAAGGUGACGCAGCCAAGAUCGACACUAUCGCACAACAUCAACCUCAUCGACACUCCGGGCCACGCCGAUUUUACCUUCGAGGUGCUUCGGUCCCUCCGGAUCCUUGACGGCGCAGUCUGCAUCCUGGACGGCGUUGCCGGCGUCGAAGCCCAGACGGAACAGGUCUGGAAGCAGGCCAACCAGUACCAGAUCCCGCGCAUCAUCUUCGUCAACAAGCUCGACCGCGAUGGAGCCGCUUUCGAGCGGACCAUCAAAGAGAUUGGUGUCCGGCUGCAUGCCUGGCCUGCUGUCUGCCAGAUCCCCUGGUGGAAAGACGGCACGGGGAAGCUGAUUGGCGUGGGUGACGCGGUGAAUCUGAGAGGCAUGCUUUGGGAGGAAGGUGGUGAUGGCAAGUCCAUCAAGCUGCACUCCUUGGAUGAGCUGGCGCUUGUCAACCCUGCCCUGGCUGCCGAGCUCAAGAAGGCGAGGGUUGCGCUUGUGGAGCUUUUGAGCGAGCAUGACGACGAGAUGGUCGAAAAGUUCCUCGAACACGAUGAGGAUCAUCUCGCAAUCCCAAGCUUGGAGGUCACCGAGUCUUUGAGGAGAUGUAUUCUCCAGCAUCCGCAACGCGUAGUUCCCACCUUCGCUGGUGCGAGCUUCCGUAACAUCGGAGUCCAACCCCUCCUAGAUGCUGUCGUCGAUCUUUUGCCAUCCCCUGAAGAGCGCCCGGAUGCCGAGGUCAAGCUGGGCUCUGUCCAUGGAGGUCUGAAGGACCUCCUUAGCGGAAAGCUUGCUGUGUCCGCUGCACCUGAAAGUAACAAAAAGACGGCUGCAAAGGCGAAGACGCAAAACACCGCCUUGUUGUCCAAAUUCCAAGCUUGUGCGCUGGCAUUCAAGGUCGUCAACGAUAAUAAGCGUGGCGUCUUGGUAUACGUCCGCGUCUACUCCGGCACCCUCACGCGCAACACAGUCCUCUUCAACACCAACCUCGGCCUUAACGAGAAGGUACCAAGGCUCUUGAAGAUGUACGCCAACGACGCCGUCGAGGUCGACGAAAUCCCCGCCGGUCAGAUCGGCGUGAUCCCAGGUCUCAAGCACGCCCGUACCGGAGACACCCUUAUUGUAUACAGCGGUGCGAAUCCCAAGCACGGCCCUCCAGCACCAUUCAACACUCUCCAGCUCCGACCCAUUGCCGUUCCUCCGCCAGUCUUCUUCACCAGCGUCGAACCCUACAGCCUUUCCGAAGAGAGGCACCUUUCGGAAACCCUUGCCGUCCUCCUCCGUGAAGACCCCAGUCUGUCCGUCACGGUUGACCUGGAGAGCGGACAGACUCAGCUGGCCGGCAUGGGCGAGCUGCACCUCGAGAUCGCAUGUGACCGGCUCCUCAACGACUUCAAGGCCAAAGCCUCCACCGGCUCCAUCGAGAUCAGCUACCGCGAAGCCGUCACCACCGCCUCCGGCCCCAGCACCGAAUUCUUCUCACGCGAGGUCAGCGGCAAGGCCGCGCGCGCGGGAUGCACCGCCAGCGUCUCCCCUCUCGACGCCUCAGAGGUCGACAACGUCGACGGAGAGGAAGACCCGCACACCACCACCCUCCCGCUCGACUCGCACAACCGCCUCACCGUCCACCACCCCACCAUCGACACGACCGGCCGCCCCACAUCCCCCGACGCCCCGGGCCUCCCAGAAACGCUACCCUUCCCCGUCGUCCUCGCCGCCCUCACGACGGGCGCCUCGGCCGCGCUGGCCCGGGGCCCGACGCACCGCUUCCCCCUGCACAGCACGGCCGUCGCCAUCACGUUCGACCCGGCCACGCACAUCCUGCCGGACACGACGCCGGCCGCGCUCUCGGGCGCCGCGCGCGCGGCCGUCGCCGCGGCCCUGCGCGCGGCCGCCGCCGCCGCCCUGGCGACGGACGGCAACGCCCUGAUGGAGCCCGUCAUGCGCGUCGCCAUCGCCGUGCCCGACCACGACCUCGGCGCCGUGGUGCACGACAUCAGCAGCGCGCGCGGCGGGCAGGUGCUAUCGCUCGACGAGGAGGACGACGGCGCCGACGACAGCUCCUCCUCUUCCUCAUCAUCCUCCACCACAUCCUCCUCCUCCGACCAACACGACCUCCCCCUCAUCGACCCGCGGCACGUCUACGCCCCGCCGGACCCCUUCGGCAGCAGCGGCGGCAGCGGCGUGGUGGUCGGCGGCUCGCACGAGCGGCAGCGGCAGAUCGCGGCGCGCGUGCCGCUCAAGGAGAUGGUCGGCUACCUGAAGCACCUGCGCAGCCUGACAAAGGGGCGCGGCACCUUCGUCAUGAGCGUCGACCGGUUCGAGCGCGUGUCCGGGCCGCGGCUGAAGGCGGUGCUGACGGCGUUGAGGGGAGGCGGGUAUUGA